GAUUCAGCUAAGUGGAAGGCUGUGAAGAACAAACUCUCUCGGGUUUCGUGGUCGAAGUCGCCUUUUCACUACACAGUGUAGCGCGUGAAUAUUUUCUAAUGCGUGGAUUAUUCAUCCCUCUUUAGGAAUGCCUUGUAAAUAUUUUUGCUGAUCUCAUUUAAAUAUUUCAAUUGCUAAAACGAGAACGAGAAGUCUGCUUUAACGUGGUGUGGAGCUAUGCAGCGGUGGCGUCCUUCACUAUUCAAGAUGAUGAAGAAAGACAAGCCAAGGAGCAUCGACGAUGAGUGCAAGAAACCAAUGAACCCCAAUGGGAAUGAUUCCAAAACCGUCAUUGUGUGCAACAAUCAUAAAGUGCCAAACGGUAUGGAAAUCAACGGGAAAUCUCUAACGGUCAUUAAUGAAAAUAUUGUAGUCCACAAUGAACACUAUGCAGAUGAUAUUGAAAAACCUUAUUGUGGGUUAGGUUCUUUUAGGCCUAAGUGGUUACAAACGUUAGCAAAUAAGAAGACAUUUGUGGCAAUAUUUUGUCUUACUAGUGUAUUACAGGGUAUGUACUCCACAUACUUUGUGAGUGUCUUAACUACAAUAGAAAAAUUGUAUCGCGUGGAAAGUAAAACUACGGGGAUUAUAUUAUCUGCGACAGAAAUCGGACAAAUAGGUGGCGCUUUCUUUUUAACAUAUUAUGGUGGUCAAGGUCACCGCCCCAGAUGGAUAGCUUUUGGAACAUUGUUAUUUGCCACGGCAUGUAUAUUUUGUUCUACUCCGCAUUUCCUUUUUAAGAUAGAUUACCCAGUUUAUGCUAACCAAGAUAACGUUGGUAAUAACGAGACUGCCGAAAGUCUUCGCAAGUUACACGCAGAGCUGUGUCAUAACAAAUUACCCCCCUCUCAUAAAAUUACUGAGUCGCUUGUUGAACUUUGGGAGCCAGUCUUCUACCCUACUAGCAACAAUGUCACAUCAGCAUCGCAAGAACACAACACCACCUGGCGGAGGCAUUCAUCAAAGGAUAAUUCCACCAACCAACUUCCAGUACCAGAACCUUAUUGGUUAGACGGUGAUUCUCAUUGCAGUUCCCCGAAUGUACCAAAUAACCCCAGUCAAAGAACUGGCUUUGUUCUUGCGAUAUUUUUCGUCAGCCUUCUGUUUAUUGGGAUUGGAGCGACUGCAGUUUACACUCUUGGCAUUCCUUAUAUCGACGAUAACGUAGCAACACGAGACUCUCCAAUGUAUUUUGCUAUUACAAUUGGUGUCAGGAUUUUUGGCCCGACCUUCGGUUUCCUCUUGGGAUCCUUUUGCAUUGGAUUUUACGUAAAUUUUCCAUUUGAAACUUCCAACAAUCUAACACCAAAUGACCCACAGUGGGUUGGAGCCUGGUGGCUAGGUCUAUGUAUGGUUGGUGCGACAUUGUUUCUCACAGUUUUCCCAAUGGCAUCCUUCCCUCGUAAACUUCCACAGUCUUAUUCCUCUCCUCAACGCCAGAUGGCAAUUGUGCAGCUAAAUGGUCAAGUGAACGGAAACAUGUGUAACAACAAUCAACAAGAAAAGGCAUUGUUAGGAAACCACUGUCCGCAAAAAAAUAAUACAACGAAAUCUUUUCCACAGGCCAUGAGACGACUGCUUAAAAACGAGAUACUGCUAUGCCGGACAGCCAGCAGCGUUCUUCACAUCAUGCCUAUAGCAGGGUUGUACACAUUUCUCCCAAAAUACCUGGAGACCCAGUUCCAGCUGAGCCCCACUAAAGCCAAUAUAAUAUCUGGGAUGGCUGGCAUACUCGUUAUGGGUGUGGGGAUCUUCUUCAGUGGAACUUUGAUGAGAAGACUCAAACCAAGUGCCCGGAUUGUGGCUGCAUGGAUAGCCCUAGCGGCGUUUGCUUACUGUUUGGGGAUGGUGGUCCUGAUGUUGGUGGGGUGUCCUGUAAACAUCAAAGUAAGCCAUUCAGAUGAGCUGCCAUCUAUUGAUGGGUUGUGCAACGAAACCUGCAGCUGUAGACCUGGCGUUUACUCGCCUGUUUGUGGCGGUGACGGGAUCACGUAUCUGUCACCAUGUCUGGCUGGCUGUACCGAAGUUUCUGUUGAUGACAGAAAAGAGUUUACCUUCAGCAACUGCCAAUGUCUUGGGAAGAACACCACUGCCACAAACGGUUACUGUCCUCUAGAAUGCAACAAUCUAGUGUGGUAUAUUAUAAUAUUCUCCAUAUUUGUUCUUAUUCACUCAACUUCAGAAGUCGGAUCCAUGUUAUUAACUCUCAGAUGUGUCGAACCCCAGGACAAAGCCCUUGCCUUAGGACUAAUAUACUUUGCUAUUGGACUGUUCGGUAACGUUCCUUGUCCAAUUAUAUAUGGUGCUGUCGUCGAUUCUGCUUGCUUAUUUUGGGAAGAGGGCGAUUGUGGCGACAAGGGCGCAUGUCGGAUUUAUGACCCAGCAAAAUUUCGAAUGUAUUUCCACGGUAUAACAGCGGCCAUCAUGUUAGGAGCUUUCGCAGUGGACGCAGUGGUGUGGUACAAAUCUGGUUCCAUUCAGUUUCACGAAGAUGAAAAUCAUAGUUCACCAAAGGACCCUAUGCCUGUAGAUGUACUCCGGUGUACUCAGUUUGAAACAAGCGUUUAGUACCUUUUUGCACGAAUAGAUGGCGCCCUGUUGCUGUAACUUCACAAAGGACCAAUUAAUCUUCGGACCACAAGUCAUUAUAAAUACAGGGUUUCUAUUUGUUUGUUUGUUAUAUCACUAAAUCAAGAAUCUCAUAAUAUAAAAUAGAGAAACUACGUCAUAGUAGCUCAUGACGUUUUUUUCCUGUUCAAAUGUUAGAGAAAACGUAAGAAUACGGAUUUUUGUAAAGAAAACGAGUUAUAUCAACUUUCUUAAUGAAUGGAAAGCAUGCACUCAAUUAUUUUCCGGUGACCACGAACAAUGAUUUAAUUUUUAAGUCAACCCAGUCUGACUUGUAUAUUCUUUUAAAGUAACAACUGCUGGAACUGUGAUAAAAUAACUCGGUCAGCCUGAUGACGUCAACUUGGUGCUCAUUUCAACAGAUUGUUCGUUGGCGUUGAAACAAAGAAAGGCUGAAAUAAUGUUAGUAAUUAUUAUUACGAAGGGUAGUAAAAUCAGUUUCGAGUGAUAAGAUAAAUAUCGGGUUAUUUUAGUGACUGAGCUGAAAAGCCAACGUUGGGGCUUUCAAAACAAUACAAAAUUAUAUGGCUAUUAUGUACAAUGUGCACAGUUUAACAAAUUUCAGUUUAAAAACAAAAGUGUAAAUAUAUUACUACAAGCAUUAUUGUGAAUUAUACGAUGAUAUAUUGUCGUAAUGAUUGUUACAUAUUAAUAUGGUCAGAUGUAUGUUUCAAAAACGUUGUACAAUAAUAAUAAAUGUUUUAAUUGUUGA